AUGGAGCGUGUAGUGCUAUCUGGUGAGACUGCUGGACUUGAUCUUAGAGGAGUUACUACUCGCAUUAUUGGUGUCCAGGGAGUCGAACUCAAUGAAACGGUUCGAAGGAUGGAAGAGUCUGUCCUACAAGUCAUUCUACUUCUUGAAGCAGCUGCUCAGAGAUGCAUUAACUUCGUUGGUGGUUCUGAGGCCUAUGAGUUGAUUCUCAAGGAAAUGGGAUCAGAUAGAAAAGAAGGAGCUUCACAUGCACGUAAAGUUGAGUCUAUGUCAAACGAGGAGGAGUGGUCAUUUGUCCAGGGUGCUUUACAAAUUCUCGCGGUUGCAAAUAGUUUAACAAGUCGAUUUUCAGUCUUUGAAGCUUCAUUGAGGUCAACUUUAGCUAGAUUGAGCACUAGUUUGUCUCUUUUUGUACUACGUACAAGUAUUUAUCAAAACCUACUGAAAGUGGUUGAUGUUGAUGGAAGUGGGGAAUUGUCUAUGGCUGGAAGGGGCAGUUGUCAGGCUUGUCGAUGUUCCUGA